GGGAAGGAUUUUGCAAUAUAAACAUUGGGGGGGGGCACUUAGUAAUUGGAUUGCCACGAUCAUCCCCUCCCCCGCUCUCCUGAUCCACAGAUGGAAGAGGGGAGGAGGGAAACCUUCCUCUCCCUCCCCCCUGUUCCUCCCCUCCCCUCCCGGCACAUCCUUCCCUCACCCCGCCCCCACAACCCCAAAUCCCCAUCCCAAUAUGUUGCUCCUCCUCCUCGCCAUCUGCCUUCUGUUACGGGAAUAAGGGGGGGGUAUGAGCCCCCCUCUCAAUCUGCCUGCUUCUCCCGGAAGUGGAGCUUCUAAGGCGGAUUGCUGCUCUGCGCCGUAGCUCUAGGGGGGCGCGCUUUCGGAAAGGGGAGGAGGGGCGGCAGGGAAACCCCCCCCCCCGUGGAUGUUGCAGGAAAGGAAAGGAGAUUCGCGAGCGAGGACAAAGAGGUAAAGGGGUCGCGGGGGAAGGGGAGAGAAAGAUCCAGAGACCCCCUCCAAGCUCCCCAAAGCGCCUUUCGUGGGCCCCACGGGCAGGGCCUGGAUCCCUGCACGUGUACUGCGAAGGGGGCUUUCCUUGGCCCCUUAGGCGCCCUGGCGGGGGCGGACAUGGUGCCCCCACCCAGGAGGGCCCCACGAGGACCUCCUUGCCCCGUUUCCCCCGCACAGGCAUCCCUGGGGCCCUGUGGGCUCCGCAUAGAGAAAGGCGGGUCAUGAAUGGGUUAACGGGCGCGAGAGACGCCUGGAUAGAGACCCCCGUGUUGCUGGUGUUGGGGGGGGCGUCCUCUGGAUGGAGAGAUGGGGCACGCAGGGCGAGGGGUGAGCGAGAGGGAGGGGGGUCAAGGAAGUCGGGGGGAGCAUCCCUGGGGAAGGAAGGGCAGCAUUGGCGUGGGGGGGGAGAGAGAGAGAAAGGAAGACCAGUCUGUAGGGAGAGGUCUCCAUCGUGGCGGGAUUCUCCGGAGGUGCCGCCUUGGCUUCUCCAUCCCGCCCAGGAAUCGGCCACCCCUUCAAGGCGAUCAGAGAGGGAUCCGUCGAAAGUGGGGGGUCCCGUCCCCCCACCCCUUCCUUCCUGCAAGCUCCAUCCUCUUCCCACCCCAUAAGCCCCUGCCCUGUCCAGACGCAGCAGUUCAAAUCCGGAGAGGAAGAGGGGAGGGGGGAGCCCUUUUCAGAAGCCGUUCUCUGUUUCCACAAUCCCACCCAGGAAGCAGCCAGAAACCUUUUCCUCUCUCUCAGGCCUCCAUCUUUAAUGUCUUUUCCACUGCCUGCUUCAUUGAGGAUGAGGAUAAUGUACACCUGUCAUCAGAAACAGGGGUGCAGAGUACAUGGAAUGGCUCUCAGGAUUGAUAUAGAAGGUGCACCUCAAAAGCAUUUCUGUUCCUCUUAUUCUUUGUUGGCAGUGUCAGAGUGACUGAGAAGCUGAGAUUCUUCCCAGUCAAAGGACCCAUUUUCAUGGUAGACAGUGCCUGUGGCUGGAGGCUCUACAUACAAGGUGUGCCUAUACAGGCCAAAGAGUGCCAGGUGAGAUGUGCGACCUCCCAAAUUUACAGGCUGUAUGUGAAUGAGAAGUUGUGGGUGGGAUUACAGUGUAUGGCAGCCCUGUGAUUUUCUCCACCCAUAAUAUUUCUUGAGCUGAUAUUGCAGUACGAAUUCCAAAAUAACUACAAAAAAAUCACAAUAUAAUAAGAAUGAUUGUAGUAUUUCCACGCUGCCUAUCUGGCUGGGUUUCCCCAGCCACUCUGGGCAGCUUACAGUACCUAUAAAAGACAGUAAAAAACCAGACAUUAAAAACCUCCUGAUACAGGGCUGCCUUCAGCUGUCUUCUAAAUGUCAGAUAGUUGCCCCUUUCCUUGCCCUCUGCCUGCUUCCCUGCAACUUCGCUUCUCACGGGGUGUGGGGGGGUGUACCAGCAGAAGACCCUCGAAGGAGGACCUCAGUGUACAGACUGAGCGAUGGGGGUGGAGACGCUCCUUCAGGUCUACAGAGAGUGAGGCUGUAGGGCUUUAGGUCAAUGAUCUUGCUCCUCCACAAUGAUCUCCAGAGCAAGUCCAACAUACAAUUAGCAGAGUAGGAAAAAAUGCUCAGAGACAGCAAAAAAUUCCUUCAGCAAAUAAAUUUGUUACUGAAGGCAUAACAGGAUUCUAUGCCUGAAAAAUGCAACCACGGCAAUUUAAAGGUCAGCACCAACAAUGCAAAUUGUGCUCAGAAAUGUACUGGGAGUCAGUGAAGAUCCUUUUGGAUUGGUGUUAUGUUGUCUCAGCGGCUGCUCCCAUUCUGUUGUCUAGCUGCCACAUUCUGGAUUAGUUGCAGUUUCCGGGUCACCUUCAAAGGUAGCCCCCAUGUAGCGCAUGGCAGUAGUCCAAGUGGGAGAUCACCAGAGGAUGCACCACUCUGGGGAGACAGUCUCCAGGCAUGGAGGGUCUCAGCCGGCAUACCAGAUGGAACUGGCAGACAGCUGCCCUGGACACAGAAUUGACCUGUGCCUACAUGGACAGUUGUGAGUCCAAAAUAAAGCCCAGGUUGUGCACCUAGUCCUUUUGGGGCACAGUUACCCCAAUCGGAUCUAGAGAGUCUCCCACACUUCCCCCCGGGACAGUAUUUCUGUCUUGUCAAGAUUCAAUCUCAAUCUGUUAGCCUCCAGACACUCACACAGGACCUUCACUGGUUCCAGUUUAAAAGAGAGGAAGAGCUGGGUAUCAUCCACAUACUGGGGAACACCCAGCCCAAACCCCCUGAUGAUCUCUCCCAGCGUCUUCAUAUAGAUAUUAAAAAGCAUAGGGGAGAGGACGGAGCCCUCAGGAACCCCACAAGUGAGAGCCCAGGGGUCUGAACACUCAUCCCCCAACACCACUUUCUGGACAUGGCCCAGGAGGAAGGAGGGGAACCACUGCAUAGCAGGGCCCCCAGCUCCCCUAGAGGGUCCAGAAGGAUACCAUGGUCAAAGGUCUCCAAAGCCGCUGAGAGAUCCAGCAGAACCAGGAAAGAGCUUUCCCCUUGGUCUCUAGCCCAUCGGAGAUCAUCAAGCAGCGCAACCAGGUCAGUUUCAGCCCCAUGAUGAGGCCUGAAUCCCAAUUGGAAGGAUAAUGGUGGCAGAAGCUUUCCUGGUCCUGCAGCCCACAAAAGCUCCAGGCACAAGACGUUCAUUAGCUUUGAAGGGGCCACUGGAUGAUUGGUGGUCUUUUCUUCAAAAGACAAAAAAUUUGAAUACCUUUACAGUGAUGUAUGAUGUUAUUAGCGCUUCUGUUUUCCAGAAUUCCCCAGCCCACCAAGGAUUUGAGACCCAUCAGGUAUCCUCCCUGGUUUAGUCGGCCGGUUGAAGCUGUUGCUUGGAUCGCUGCCUCUGUUGCAUUCUGGCAGCUUCUGGAAGCCACAGGUGAAAGCUGAGUGCAGGGUGGGGACCAAUGGUGGAAAAAUUACUCCAGAAGGCGGACUACAUUUCCUCCACCAAAAGUACUACCGCUCCCGUAACACCCCAAGACAUCUAUAAUUAUGAUAUUUAAUUUUUUUUAAAAAAAGAUAUUUAUUAAAAUUUCAGAGAAAAAAAGAAUUACACAAAAACAAAAAGUAAAAAUACAAGAAAAAUACAGAAUAAAAGAAUAAAAAACACUUUAAAAGAAAAAAAGAAAAAUGGAUCAAUCUUUCCAUAGCUUACAUUCCUAUCCUUGUUUCCCUGACCUCCUCAUACCUCCCUUUUUUGUAUUCCAGUUCAAUUAGUUAAGUCAGCAAUUUCUUUCCCUCUUUGUUUUCUCAUGAUCCUUUAACUUAAUAUACUAUAACUUUAAAUUUUCAUCUCUUAUCAAUCCUUUUUACAUACACCUUUAUAGCAUUACUGCUUAAACCACCUAGCUUCAUUCCAACAUCAUUCUAACAUUCAUUAAUUUUGCAAUAUUUCUGUAAAUAGUCUUUAAAUUUCUUCCAAUCUUCUUCCACCGACUCUUCUCCCUGGUCUCGGAUUCUGCCAGUCAUUUCUGCCAAUUCCAUGUAGUCCAUCACCUUCAUCUGCCGUUCUUCCAGAGUGGGUAGGUCUUGUGUCUUCCAAUACUUUGCAAUAAGUAUUCUUGCUGCUGUUGUGGCAUACAUAAAGAAAGUUCCGUCCUUCUUUGACACCAUUUGGCCGACCAUGCCCAGGAGAAAGGCCUCUGGUUUCUUCAGAAAGGUAUAUUUAAAUACCCUUUUCAUUUCGUUAUAAAUCAUCUCCCAGAAAGCCUUAGUCCUUGGGCACGUCCACCAAAGGUGAAAGAAAUUAUGUACCUUCAGUUUCUUUACAUUUCCAACAUUUAUUAUCGGGCAAAUGAUAGAUUUUUGCUAGCUUGACUGGUGUCAUGUACCACCUGUAAAUCAUUUUCAUAAUAUUCUCUCUUAGGGCAUUACAUGCCGUAAAUUUCAGACCUGUGGUCCAUAACUGUUCCCAGUCAGCCAUCAUUAUGUUAUGUCCAACAUCUUGUGCCCAUUUAAUCAUAGCUGAUUUCACCGUUUCAUCCUGAGUAUUCCAUUUCAACAGCAAGUUAUACAUCUUUGACAGAAUCUUGGUUUUGGGUUCUAACAGUUCUGUUUCCAAUUUUGAUUUUUCCACUUGGAAGCCAAUUUUCUUGUCCAAAUUAUAUGCCUCCAUUAUCUGAUAAUAAUGAAGCCAGUCUCGCACUUUGUUUUUUAAUUUUUAUAAUUAUGAUAUUUAAGACAGAUAAGGAAUAAAUUCAUAUCUCAAGAAAUAACACAACACCAGGUUGUUAAUGAAUCAGUACUAUAUAUUCAAGGAUGAAAUUUCCACUAGGUACAUUUAUCCAUUUGCCUUUCAUAUCCAGCUUUUUCAGUGCCAGAUUAGGAUAGUCCUGAGUCAGGAGACGGGCACAAGAUCAGGCAGCACAUCAUCAUUAUAAAGGACCUUUGGGGUGGGUUUUUCCGUUUGGGAUUCCGAUGCGCCAGCUGCUUUUCUUCUGCUUCUCCUGCUCUCUCCAUGCAAUGAGAGGCAUGUAGACAGAGGUCCAUCUCCAAGAACAGGAGCUUCCCUGAGACCCAUUCAGCUGACCCCAAGCACCAAGCCUUGUCACUAGUUCUCUGACUGACCCAGACCACAGUCCCUGGAAGAGAUGUAGGCCUGAGCCUCCCACAAUGGCCCAUAUGGACCUCCUGAGGUCAGUGAGACUGUGCAGGUGAUUCAUGGAGAUCUAGAGGUGGAUGGAGGAUUAUGAUGCAGAGGAUGGGGAAUGUCCAAAGGGAUGAUGAACCAUGGAAAGAGAGGGCCUCUUCAUGGAAAGAGAGCAGCUGCCUUUCCUUUGAGGAAACAAUUGAUUUGAAAAGGCUGUAUUCCAAGAUCAUGCUGCUUUAUUAAAGAUGACUGAGGAUUAUGAAAGGUUGCUGAUGCAUUGCUAUCAUUUGGUGACAUUGCAUCUUCAUUUCCUAAAAACUGGGAACAUGGGUAGGAGGCAGGGGAAAGUAGGAGAUGUUGAAAUAAGAGAAGGUGCUAAUGGUGCUUGCUGUGUUCUCUUCCCCUUUCUUCUCUUCCUUGAAACCCAAACAGGAUUUCCUUUCCUCCCACUCUGAAGAAGGUGAUGGAGAAGACAGUCAGAAUUCUGAGGGAUGGGGCACUUUUGUUUCAUUAGGUAUAGACAUUAAAAUGUGUGAAAUGUGGAAUAUGCUUCACUGAAUGAGCACACAUAGCUCACAUCAGCGAUCUCAAGAAGGGGAGAAACCAUUUAAAGGUAUGGAGUGUGGGAAAAGGUUCACUGAUAGUGGAAAACAUAGAACACAUCAGUGGACUCACAUGGGCAAGAAAGGAUUCCAAUGCAGGGAGUGCGGGAAGAACUUCAGUCAACAUGGAUACUUAAGUUUACAUCAACGGACUCACACAAGGGAAAAACCUUUUAAAUGUCUGGAUUGUGGAAAGAGCUUCUGUCGGAGUGAUACACUUAGAACACAUCAAUGGACUCACACGGGGGAGAAACCACAUAAAUGUAUGGAGUGUGGAAAGAGCUUCAGUCAGAAUGGAAACCUCAAUAUACACCAGCGAACUCACACAGGGGAGAAACCAUAUAAAUGUAUGGAGUGUGGAAAGAGCUUUACUGAUAAUGGAAACCUUAGAAGACAUCAACAGACUCACACAGGGGAGAAACCAUAUAAAUGUAUGGAGUGCGGAAAGAGCUUCAGUCUGAAUGGAAACCUCAAAAUACAUCAACGGACUCACACAAGGGAGAAACCAUUUGAAUGCCUGGAGUGUGGAAAGUUCUUCAGUAAAAAUGGAGACCUUAAAUUACACCAGCGGAUUCACACAGGGGAGAAACCAUAUAAAUGUAUGGAGUGUGGAAAGAGCUUCAGUAAGAGUGGAGAGCUCAAUAUACAUAAACGGACUCACACAGGGGAGAAACCAUUUAAGUGUAUGGAGUGUGGAAAAAGCUUCAGUCAGAGUGGACACCUCAAUAUACACCAGCGAACUCACACAGGGGAGAAACCAUAUAAAUGUAUGGAGUGUGGAAACAGCUUUAGUGAUAAUGGAAAGCUUAGAACACAUCAACGGACUCAUACAGGGGAGAAACCACAUAAAUGUAUGGAGUGCGGAAAGAGCUUUACUGAUAAUGGAAACCUUAGAACACAUCAACGGACUCAUACUGGGGAGAAACCAUAUAAUUGUAUGGAGUGUGGAAAGAGCUUCAGUCAGAGUGGACACCUUCAAAGACAUCAACAGACUCACACAGGGGAGAAACCAUUUGAAUGCCUGGAGUGCGGAAAGUGCUUCAGGCAGAGUGGACACCUUCAAAGACAUCAACAGACUCACACAGGGGAGAAACCAUUUGAAUGCCUGGAGUGCGGAAAGUGCUUCAGGCAGAAUGGAGACCUUAAAGUACACCAGUGGAUUCACACAGGGGAGAAACCAUUUAAAUGCAUGGGGUGUGGAAAGAGCUUCAGUCAGAAUCGAAAUCUUAGAAAACAUCAGCAGACACACAGGGGACAAACUGUUUAAAUGUAUGGACUGUGGAAGGAGCUGCAGUCAGAGUGGAACCCUUGAUUUAUGUCAACAAACUCAAACAAAACACAAACCACAUAAAAAUCAGGAAAGUAGAUAGAUGUUCAGUUCUAGUGGAAGUUCUACAUCAACAGACUCAUGGACAGGAAGAACUUUAGGAGUUGAAACCCUACAAAUCAUCAACAAACUCAAAGAGGAGAAGCAGUCUAAAUGAAAAGAUUGCAAAAAGUGCUUUAUUUACAAUGGAGUGUUUAAGGAACAUCCAGGGACUCUCACAGGAAGAAACCAUUUAGAUGUAUGGAGUGUGGGACGUCUUCCUUUCAGUGUCCACUCAUUUCUUCACAGCAAUGAACUCAGCAGGAAAUCAGUCUUAAACACACGCCGUGUAUUUGAAGUUCUUGUGUUUAUAUGUAAAACUGAACAGCAGUGAAAUAUUGAAGGCAAUGUCAAACAAUGUGAGUAUAAUCUAAGAGGUAAAGUACCUUUUGAUAGAGAGGAUGAAUCUGGUUUGUUGGUGGUGAGUGAGGAUUAGGGCUGGGCGAUAUAUUGAUAUCUUGAACAAUACCGGUUUCUAGACCACAUCGCAAUAACCUUUGAAGAACAACUGAUAUGGGGCAAUACACCGCAGAUUACAGUGUGUUUCUGGGAUGUGCCUGCAAGCAGCGGCAGAAAGCUUUGCUUCGUGAAGUCCCUGCAGGUGCUGAGUUGCUGACUUCUCUCCAAAAUGACAGGAAACAAAACACACACAUCCAUUGCCCUGUGUCCGUCCAGCCUCUUUCCUCCCUUGCUCCCUUCUGCCGGUUUGUGUGCUUGAGUUAGAUAUCCUGUGUGCUGUAUUUUUUUACUGCUGAAACUGGAUCUGCUCUCAGGAGCUAAGUUUUGUGCCUCACUGUGGACCCAGUGAGAACUGUAUGCUUUGAAAGCUCAGUAAACUAUUACUGAAGAAUU